AUGCCAGACAGAAUACGCGACCUCUACUUCGCGUACGAGAACAACUACGGAGACUACGAGAAAAUCUUCAAGCUCACAGGCAUGCACAUGAUCACCGAGCUUGCGACAAAGUUUACUGCGUAUCAGUUUUUCAACGAGAAGCAGAAGAUUGCAGAGGACAUGCGAUUGCACCUCAACGACUACUUCUCCAAGCACCUCUUCGCGACCGUGGAGUCCUUGCAGAUCCAAGAGGAUGACCUGCCGGAGGCGUUCACCACGACAAUCCUGACGGCUGCCACGAGCAAGCAGAACAUCACCAAGAUGUCCAAGACCAUGGCCGCGAAGAUUGUGGAGUUCCAGACGGCCAGGCAGAUUGCUGAGGCCCAGGCGAACGUCACAAUCCAGCAGGCAAUCGGGGACCAGCACCGCAUCAUGCAAAAUGGCCGAGCGGAUGCUGCCAUUAUCGAGGCUUAUGUCGAGGCCGAACUGACGGCCUAUGGCAAGAUUCACACGGAGCUAGGACUGUCCGGGGAGGACUUGAUCAACUACAUCUGGUACGACACACUUGGCGGAGGCGGGGUCUCUGCCGACACCCAGUCUGACAAGGAUGUCGAGAUGCUGGUGGGGGUGAACCCGAGCGCCUACAUCUCCAAGUGA